GAAUUCAUGAAAAACAACAGUGCUGUUGUGGAUGAUAGUUGGAGUAAUUUACUCUUUUAAACUAUAUCCAACUGAAUGAUUGGAAGGUUAUUACAAGACAGGUCACAUUUGAAAGCCUUGCAACAGUUCAUGCAAGGAUUGAGAUAACUCUUCUCAGUGCACAAGUUGAGAAGAGUAUAUGUUCCUUAACUUAGACACUCAUUUGUGACAAAGAUGACCUGAAGGCUAUUACUACGACAAUAUUGGUCAGCAAUGAAAAGACUGUGAUGGAAGCUGUAUUGGGCAGUGAAUGGCUCAAAAAAGUUGCUUUGAGUGCUCAGCUGGACGAACAUUUAGUUUAGAGAAGCUAGAGUGUGCAGAUGAAUGUAGAGGUGUUAUUUUAAGUGAUGAUCAACUCAAUUUACAGAGCGUGUGUAGAAAUUAUGGAGUUGAUAAUACUUCACUUCAAUAUUAUGUAGAUCCUCAGAGUAAGCAGCCAAUUGAGCUCGGAACUCUGGAAUUUCCCUAUCGUUCAUUUAAAUCGGUGAACUUUGAAAUUGCUAAGUUCUUCAGUCACUCUAACAUAUCAGUCAUCAUUUACACUAAAGAUGCUUACAUUGAAGAUGGUACGAAUCGUUAUUUAAAUCUGACUUCGGUGUCAAUUGUUGCUCACCCAGCCUACGAUUACCUAACCUAUCAGCCUAUUCUUAUUCCUACUGCAGUCCAUCAGCCCUUCAUCUCUGAAAAACCCUUGUUUCAUUUAAUAAACAAGGUAGAUGCAUCUUUGGAAGGCUCUAUUACUGCUGCUUUCCAUAACGGAUAUUUCAGUGAUUAUGAAGAAAGUUUAUUUGAGAUUCCUAAAACUACCAUCUUACCUAUCAGGACCUCCAUAAUCGUCAAGAACAUUGAUAUCUACAGAGAGGAAGCAGAGCCAGAUUCCUUGCUCAAGUUUAUUAUGUUAGGAUAUCUUCAGACAAAAGUUAUGCAUAUUGGUAAGUUAGAAAUAAAAAUAAUGCGCGCUGAAAGAGUGUGCAAUGAAUUGAGCAAAAUUUUACGAAUUUGCUGAGACUUCCGGGAGCUUUUUUAG